AUGCGGAUUUCAGCACAUGCAUCCUGCAAACUCGAUGCAACUGUGGUCGCGGCUGUCACAAACUCUCACAAUGAGCUUAGAGCAAACGUUGCCAAACGUAAUCUGAAUGCGGCAGUUUUUGGAAGCAUACCUGGAUCAAAAACUCUUUUCAAGUUGAAGUAUGAUUGUUUACACGAAGGACUUGCUCUCGCUACCAUUGGAAACAAAUGCAAGCAUUCGAGCAACUACAUGGACAAACUUGGAAAAGCCGAAAACUUCAUUACAUAUAGAAUGCCUAAGAAACCACAUAUGAUUGAACAAAAGGAUCUUUUUGAAUUUGCGGUGGAAGACUGGACGGAUACGGUUAAAAGCCCGCUGAGCUCAGACGUAGUGUACACUGAUACUUCCAUGGAACCAUUUGCUAAUAUGAUCUACAACAAGACGCUAAAAUUCGGCUGCUCAUUAGUGUUUUGUAACGAUAUAAACAAGGUUGCUCUUGCAUGCGUGUAUAGUAACAAGCCAAAGGAAGGUGAACCGCUUUACUGGGCAGAUUCGAAAAAUAAUGCUGGAUGUCAAAAACCUGGACCCUGCAAGAAAGUUAUUAAAGGAACGGAUGUAAACUGCGAUACCACCUAUGGACUUUGUGAUCAAGAUCCCGCUACUACUACGACGACGACUACUACUACUACUACUCCCCCUCAAGAAGAUUACAAUUAUGACGAAGAUUAUUAUGAUGACGGAGAGACUGAAAUCAUAGACGUACGUUGA